CUGGAGAGGUGAAGCCCUCUGUACAGUACAUGGGGCUGAUGAAGAGACUAGCAGUAAGACCCUGCAGGCUGCUGCAAUGUCUUGAACAGAACAGUGCGGGCUCUGCAUAUACUAGAAGGGAAGGAAGUCAUUAGUGUAGAGGAGUACAUUUUGUUGCUGUUGCAGGAUUUCCUUCCAGCAUUUCCCAAGUAAAAAUCCCUGUGUUAUUUUUCUGCUAGGUUUGUUUUUGUUUCUGUUUUCAGUUUAUUAAGACGCGUGAAUUGUUCACGCAGAACCUUUCCUGCACACAUUGUAGAAAUUGAAGAGCAGCAGCGGAGCCAGUUUUUUUUUCUUCCUCUUAUGGAACUGUAUCCUGGAAUGUACUUUUUUUGGGAGAAAGAUGCGAGGAGAAGGCUGCAGCCCUUCGCCUACAACUGCAAAGCUUGCAGAGGAUAGUGGAUUUUAAAGGGGGGAGAACACUGAGUCCUACUGGAAGAUGACAAAAUCCCAUCUAUGCUGUGUAGCCUGAGAGUACAGGACACUUUCAGAUCUUGGAUUGCAGAUGUAAGGCAUUUAUGACAAAAGGCAAAUCUGAGCUUCAAAAGCCACAGCUCAUCCAUUUCACUUUGCCUUUUUCUUUAACAUGAUCAAACGUUAGAAUCUCCCCUACGCUUGAAAACCUUGAUUUCCUCAAAUCGCUUAUUCUACAUUUUUAACCUUUUUUUUUCCCUACUUCUGGAUUUGAUUAAACUAAACUGGGAUUGAAGUCUCUUUUGUUCCUCUGAUUGGGUUUUGAUUUUUUUUGUUUUUUUAUGAUAUAUAUUUUUGUUUUUCAAAAAAAGUAAAUAUGCAACAUAUUUAAAGGAGCAGGAAGCAUGACUGUCAGCAACUGUAAAAUUCCCACGUCUACAACCAUCUCUCACGUCUCUUGAUGCUCAACAAUUUUACGUCCAAAUAUGAUGAAAUGGCAGCCCCGGAAGAAGGCAUACUUCAGACAGGGUGUUGCCCUUCAGUAUCUUGGUCGCCAUGCAGAUGCCCUGGCUGCGUUUGCAUCCGGAUUGGCUCAGGAUCCCAAGAGUUUACAGCUGCUGCUAGGCAUGGUGGAAGCAGCAAUGAAAUCCCCUAUGAGAGAAUCUUUGGAACCUACUUACCAACAACUUCAGAAGAUGAAACUGGACAAGAGCCCUUUUGUGGUAGUGUCAGUGAUUGGUCAAGAACUUUUAACUGCAGGACAUCAUGGUGCUUCAGUGGUUGUGUUAGAAGCUGCACUGAAAAUUGGGACUUGCAGUCUAAAGCUGAGGGGUUCUGUGUUUUCUGCCCUAAGCAGUGCUUACUGGUCUCUUGGAAACACAGAGAAGAGCACGGGAUAUAUGCAACAGGACUUGGACGUAGCAAAGACUCUAGGUGACCAGACAGGAGAGUGCCGUGCCUAUGGGAAUCUAGGAUCUGCAUUCUUUUCCAAAGGAAACUUUCGGGAGGCACUUACUAACCACAGGCAUCAGUUAGUUCUCGCCAUGAAGCUAAAGGAGAGAGAGGCAGCAUCAUCUGCUUUAAGCAGUUUGGGUCAUGUCUACACAGCAAUUGGUGACUACCCCAAUGCACUGGCAAGUCACAAGCAGUGUGUUCUCCUAGCUAAGCAAUCCAAAGAUGAACUGUCUGAAGCACGAGAGCUGGGAAACAUGGGAGCGGUCUACAUUGCAAUGGGAGACUUUGAAAACGCAGUCCAUUGUCAUGAACAACAUUUAAAAAUAGCAAAGGACCUUGGCAACAAACGGGAAGAAGCCCGGGCAUAUAGCAACCUUGGCAGUGCCUAUCACUAUAGAAGAAACUUUGACAAAGCAAUGUCAUACCAUAACCAUGUCUUGGAACUUGCACAAGAAUUAACGGAAAAGGCUAUUGAGAUGCGAGCCUAUGCAGGCUUAGGCCACGCUGCACGCUGUAUGCAAGACUUAGAGAGAGCUAAACAAUAUCAUGAACAACAGCUAGGCAUUGCAGAAAGUCUCAAAGACCGGGCGGCUGAGGGUAGAGCAUCUUCAAAUUUAGGAAUAAUUCAUCAGAUGAAAGGAGACUUUGAUACUGCACUAAAAUUACACAAGGCUCACCUUUCGAUUGCCCAGGAAUUAAACGAUUAUGCAGCUCAAGGCAGGGCUUAUGGUAACAUGGGGAAUGCCUAUAAUGCACUUGGGAUGUAUGACCAGGCUGUUAAGUAUCAUCGGCAAGAACUUCAGAUAUCGAUGGAGGUCAAUGACAGAGCUUCUCAAGCCUCUACACACGGGAAUUUAGCUGUUGCAUAUCAGGCUUUAGGUGCUCAUGAUAGAGCUUUACAACACUACCAAAACCAUCUGAACAUUGCUCGGGAACUACGGGAUAUUCAAAGUGAAGCUCGAGCUCUAGGCAACCUUGGAAAUUUCCACUGCUCUCGAGGUGAAUACAUGCAAGCAGUACCUUUUUAUGAACAGUACUUGAGAAUAUCACCUGAACUGCAAGACAUGGAGGGGGAGGGUAAAGUGUGUCACAAUCUUGGCUAUGCUUAUUAUUGCCUAGGAAAUUACCAGGAUGCUGUAAAAUACUAUGAACAGGAUUUGGCAUUGGCAAAGGAUCUCCAUGACAAAGUAAGCCAAGCUAAGGCAUACUGUAACUUGGGCCUGGCAUUUAAGGCACUAAUGAACUAUAAUAAAGCUGAAGAAUGCCAGAAAUACCUUUUGUCAUUGGCACAGUCUUUGAAUAAUUCUCAAGCAAAGUUCCGUGCUCUUGGGAACCUUGGCGAUAUUUUUGUUGCUAAGAAAGAUGUAAAUGGUGCAAUAAAAUUUUACGAACAGCAACUAGGUUUAGCUCAUCAAGUCAAGGACAGGCGGCUAGAGGCUAGCGCUUAUGCUGCUUUAGGUAGUGCUUACAGAAUGAUACAAAAAUAUGACAAAGCAUUGGGAUAUCAUACACAGGAACUUGAGGUCUUCCAAGAAUUAAAUGAAUUGCCAGGAGAAUGCAGAGCUCAUGGUCACCUUGCUGCUGUAUAUAUGUCUCUUGAGAAGUACACUAUGGCCUUCAAAUGCUAUGAGGAACAGCUUGAGCUGGGGCAAAAGCUUAAAGACCCUGCAAUAGAAGCUCAGGUGUAUGGGAAUAUGGGCAUCACUAAAAUGAACAUGAAUGUCAUGGAGGAGGCUAUUGGUUAUUUUGAACAGCAGCUAGCCAUGCUACAGCAGUUGAGUGGAAAUGACUCUAUCCUUGACAGAGGUCGUGCAUAUGGAAACUUGGGAGAUUGUUAUGAUGCCCUUGGAGACUAUGAAGAAGCAAUAAAAUAUUAUGAGCAGUAUUUAUCUGUGGCUCAAAGCUUGAACCGCCUUCCAGAUCAGUCCAAAGCAUACAGGGGACUUGGAAAUGGACACAGGUCCAUGGGAAAUUUACAACAGUCUCUCGUAUGCUUUGAAAAAAGACUUGUGGUCGCUCAUGAACUUGGAGAGACAUCAAACAAAGCCCAGGCAUACGGAGAACUUGGACAUUUGCAUAGUCAGCUAGGAAACUAUGAGCAAGCAAUAUCCUGCCUAGAACGUCAACUAAACAUUGCCAGAGAAAUGAAAGACCAGAUACUGGAGAGUGAUGCAGCCUGUGGUCUGGGUGGAGUCUAUCAACAAAUGGGAGAGUUUGAUACUGCCUUACAGUACCAUCAACUGGACUUACAAAUAGCUGAAGAAACCAACAAUCCAUCUUGCCAAGCUCGAGCCUAUGGAAAUCUGGGACUUACUUAUGAAUCUCUGGGUAACUUUGAAAGAGCCGUAGUCUAUCAGGAACAGCACCUUAGCAUUGCAGCAGAAAUGAAUGACUUGGUAGCAAAGACAGUGGCCUAUAGUAGCUUAGGAAGAACUCAUCAUGCUUUACAGAAUUAUUCCCAAGCAGUAAUGUACUUACAAGAAGGUUUGAGGUUAGCAGAACAGUUGUCCCGUAGAGAGGAUGAAGCCAAAAUUAGACACCGUCUUGGACUCUCUCUUUGGGCUAGUGGAAAUUUGGAAGAAGCUCAACACCAGCUUUACCGAGCUUCAGCGUUAUUUGAAACAAUAAGACACGAAGCCCAGCUCAGCACUGAUUAUAAGCUCUCUCUCUUCGAUCUACAAACCUCGUCAUACCAGGCUCUGCAGCGUGUACUCAUCAGUCUUGGACAUCAUGAUGAAGCUUUGGCAGUUGCAGAGAGGGGAAGAACUCGAGCUUUUGCAGACCUUCUAGUUGAGCGACAAACUGGGCAGCAAGAAUCUGACCCUUACUCCCCUGUGACUAUUGACCAAAUCCUGGAGACUGUUAAUAGCCAGCGAGGAUUGGUGCUCUACUACUCACUAGCUGCUGGUUAUCUUUACAGUUGGUUACUGGCACCUGGUUCAGGAAUUCUGAAGUUUCAUGAAUGCUAUCUGGGAGACUCAUCACUGGAAAAUACCAGCGAUUUUACUGAUUCUGGAAGUAUGAGUUUUCAAGGAUCGAAUAGUUCAGUUCUAGAGCAAUACAUAGCAAAUGUACGUGAAACCUUAGGAGUGGACUCUUACUACACAAGGACUUGUGCAAGCAGUGAAACCGAGAGUGAGGCUGGAGAUUACAUGGACCAGCAAUACGAUGACCUUAACAAUAAAAUGAAUUUGGUGACAGAUCCAACUGGAUUCCUGAGGAUGGUCAACAGAAACAACACAUUCAACAGAAGUUGCUCAAGUAUGACAAGCCUGUUUAGUAACACUAUGUCUCCGGUAAAAGACAACACCUCAUCCUUGCCCCGAAAACAAAGCUGUCUCAACAAACCACCUCUGCGCGCCCUGUAUGAUCUGCUGCUGGCACCAAUGGAAGGGGGGUUAAUGCAUUCGAGUGGUCCAGUGGGGAGACAUCGGCAGCUGGUGAUGGUCUUGGAAGGAGAACUUUACCUCAUCCCAUUUGCUCUGCUAAAGGGCAGCUCAUCCAACGAGUAUCUUUAUGAACGCUUCAGUCUGAUUGCUGUUCCCUCCAUCCGAUCUCUGAACAUAAAUUCCAAGUCUCACUUACGGAAGAAUGCUCCCUUAUAUUCAAGUUCUACCUCCAUGGCUGCUGUUAUUGGAAAUCCGAAGCUUCCUCCAUCAGUGAUGGAUAGAUGGCUGUGGGGACCAAUGCCCUCAGCAGAAGAGGAGGCCUACAUGGUUUCUGAAUUGUUGGGUUGUCAGCCUCUUGUUGGCUCUUUGGCCACGAAAGACAAGGUGAUGAGCGCACUCACACAAGCUGAAUGCGUACACUUUGCCACCCACAUCUCAUGGAAACUUGCAGCUUUAAUACUAACUCCGAACAGCGAGAACAGCUCUGGAACAAAUAAAAGCACCUUUGGAAACACCUACACCAUUCCUGAGUCUUUACAGAUGCAGGACGAUGCCAGUGAUGUUGAAAGCAUAUCAGACUGUCCACCCCUUCAGGAAUUCCUCCUGACAGCCGCAGAUGUCCUGGAUCUCAGGCUUCCUGUAAAACUAGUGGUUCUUGGAUCUUAUCAGGAAUCCAGCAACAAAGUUACAGCAGAUGGAAUUAUUGGCUUGACGCGGGCCUUCUUGGCUGCCGGAGCUCAGUGCGUCCUUGUAUCUCUGUGGCCUGUGCCUGUUGCAGCCUCAAAAAUGUUUGUCCAUGCUUUUUAUUCGGCAUUACUGAAUGGAAUGAAAGCAAGUGCAUCCCUGUCUGAGGCAAUGAAAACAGUACAGAGCAGUAAGCAAUACUCACAUCCAUCAAACUGGGCAGGAUAUAUGCUUAUUGGAAGCGAUGUAAAGCUGAACAGUCCCUCAUCACUCAUCGGUCAAGCCUUAUCUGAGAUCCUCCAGAACCCUGACCGUGCAAGAGAUGCUCUUAGAGUUUUGUUGCAUCUGGUGGAGAAGUCCUUGCAGAGGAUUCAGAAUGGACAGCGAAACUCCAUGUACACCUCCCAGCAGAGUGUGGAAAAUAAAGUAGGGGGAGUACAAGGCUGGCAGUCCCUUCUGACAGCUGUAGGGUUUCGCCUUGACCCACCAGCAAGUGGUCUCCCAGCAGCAGUCUUUUUCCCCACAUCUGACCCCGGUGACCGUCUACAACAGUGUAGUACAACCAUACAGUCCCUCUUGGGUUUGCCUCAUGCAGCACUUCAGGCUCUUUGUAAACUCAUCACAGCUUCCGAAACUGGAGAACAGCUGAUUAAUCGGGCUGUUAAAAAUAUGGUUGGAGUGCUGCAUCAGGUCCUGGUUCAGUUGCAGACCGACAAAGAUCAUGACUUUUCCACAGUCCCAAUCCAGGUGUGCAUCAGUGUUCAGCUUUGGAGAUUACCUGGAUGUCAUGAGUUUUUAGCAGCACUAGGUUUCGAUUUGUGUGAGGUGGGCCAAGAAGAAGUAAUUCUGAAAACUGGCAAACAAGCCAACAAAAGAACAAUGCAAUUUGCUCUGCAAUCCCUCCUAGCUCUUUUUGAUUCUACUGAGCUUCCGAAACGCCUUAGUCUUGACAGUUCUUCUUCACUUGAAUCACUGGCAUCUUCACAAUCUGUGUCUAACCCAAUGCCACCAGGGUAUCCUGGUCAUCCAUUCUCUCCAAUCUGUCCAGAUGGCAUGGCUUCAGAUGCUAUCUCAGUCUACAGUCUUAGUUCCAUUGCUUCAUCAAUGAGUUUUGUCUCUAAACCAGAUUGCUUACCUGAAGGAGAACACAAACUACGUCAUGACCAUGACAGACCAAAAAAUCUUCAUUCUCUCAGGACCUCAGCUAGAGGCCAGUCUUCCCCACAAACCCAGAUGUCAUUAGGCAAAGAAGAACAGGAAGAGUAUGAGGGAUUUUCCAUAAUAAGCAAUGAACCUCUUUUGUCAUACACAGAAAGCCUUGAUCCAAACCUUAGACAAGGCACCAUUCAGGAAACAAUACAAGUUUCUGUAAACUCAAAGGGCAGUAUAAGCACACCUAACUCACCUGUAAAACUAUCGCUGAUUCCAAGUCCAAACUCACCAUUCCAAAAAGUUGGAAAACUUGCAAGCUCUGAUACUGGGGAAUCAGAUCAGUCGAGUACAGAAACAGACAGUACAGUUAAAUCUCAAGAAGAGAACAAUCCUAAACUCAAUCCUGAAGAGCUGGCUCAAAAGAUUUUAGAAGAGACUCAAAGCCACCUGAUUGCUGUUGAACGUCUUCAAAGAAGUGGAAGUUUGAACAAAACAAGUCAUUCACCUGAUGGUGCUACAACACCUAAUGGCAGUUCUUUGUUCAGGUCUUCAGAAACAAGCGCUUUUAGUAGACCUGUCCAGAAAGGGAUGCCGUCUCCAGUUAAUGUGAAACCAAAGCCUCCAACUAGAAGUUCCUCUCUUCAGAAAGUGAGCUCAGGGUAUAAUAGCCCAGCAAACUCUGAAACUUCUCUAAAAGACGCAGCUAGUCCCCACAGUAACCAGCCUUCCCCAAGUUCAGAUUCUCCCUACUUUAAGUUGAAAUAUCCUAGCUCUCCAUACAGUUCCCAUAUUUCAAGAUCUCCUCGAAAUAUAUCCCCAAGCUCAGGUCAUCAAUCUCCUGCAGGAAGUACAUCAUCUCCAGCGCUUUCAUACUCCUCUGCUGGUUCUGCCCGAUCAAGUCCCGCUGAUGCCCCAGAUCUGGAUAAAUUAAAACUUGCUGCAAUUGAUGAGAAGGUGAAGGCUAUUCACAAUCUGAAGAUGUUUUGGACAAGUGGCCCUCAGCAAACAUCAGGUCCAAUCAAAAUACUGCGUGGAACUCCCGGAACAAUGACUUCAAAGAAAGACGUUCUUAGCUUGUUAAACCUCUCUCCACGACAUAACAAGAAAGAAGCGGCUGUAGAUAAUCUUGAACUUAAAGAACUAUCUGCUCGGAAAAAGCAGGUUGAUGCUGCACAGCCAAAUCCACCAAAUGGCCACAAACACACAGAAAAUAUUAAUGUAGCAAAUAUAACUCAAUCCACCCCAUCUAUUAACAUGCCUGCUUCUCUACGCAGCCUAAAACUGUCCUCUGGAAAUGGGUACAAGUUCCUUUCACCAGGGAGAUUUUUUCCUUCUUCAAAAUGUUGAACUGUCUUUUAUACAACUUUUAAGCCUGUUUUGCCAUUUGUAUAUUGUUUAUGUCCAAUUGCCUUCAUAAGUGACAGACUAAAAUAUUACAUGUGAAGCAGAGGUUAUAAUGGUUGUUAUUAAAUCAUAGGGUGAGGAUUUUUCUAAGGUUUACCAAAAAUUACAUUCUAAUGUACUUGUAUAUAAAAAUAUGCAUUCAGUAGAAACAUGGUCCACUUAGGUAAUCAGAAUAAAUUAAAAAAAUACUAGUAUUUGUAUUUUUUAGUAAUGGUUUUCUAGAACAGCAGAUCAACACUUUUUUUACUUUAGGUAUUGUGGUUUCUUGGGCAUAUACUUCACAUUAGACAUUGCACGCAUUACAAAGUGAAUGAUAUUUAUUUUCUUAGGUAGGAAAAGCUCUUAUGUGAUCUGAUCUUAAAGUGUACACCAACCCUAAGCCUCUGUUCAAUAUGUUUGGCAUCAUGCUUCACUGUUUACAAUUUUCUUAAUCAAUUUUUGUUUUUAAACACCUAAGGAUUUCUGACAUUUGUCCUACAUCCUGCCUUGUAGUGCUGUCGCUGUGAACUUGUUUUCUCUUCAUCUGGUUCCUGGCUUCUAAGUAAAAGUGAUCUGGCUGGCUAUACAGCUGCCUGAUCACUUUUACAGGAUAAACAAUGUGCUGCCCCUCUGUGGUUCCCAGGCUCUCCUGUUCUUCCCAGGAGCCUGAGACCCCAACAGACACUGUUAGGAUAGCAGGCUGUAGGACAUCAAAAAACAGCCAUUCUCAAGUGUCCUCUGCAGAGUGUGGACCUGGAAGCACUUUUAAAAUUUCGACUGCAAAUCCAGGUGAACAGCAAAUCAAGCACAGUCUCAAUGUUGUUUCAUCAGUGCACACAGUUUUCAACUCAACCUUAUCUUUUAUUUUGUACAUAACAAGGGAGAUUAUAGUGUGUUUGUGUGCAUUAAAAUGUGUAGUUUUUACUGAAACUAUAGAUUUUAUAAACAGUUGCACAAAUAUUGUGCGAUAAUAAAAAUUGCAGCUACUGACUUUCAAUUCUACUGUAUAGGGUCUCUGCUUUCAGAAAACAUAUGUUUUUGGAUUUUAAGUAAUAUUCUAACCAGAAAUGCAAAUUGUAAUAUGUGUGCAAAGUGGUUAUAUCUGUUCCAAAGUUUCUUUCCUGGAGACCCUGACAGUAACAGCACUAUAGCAGGCUGACAGCAGUAAGCCACUGACUUGCAAUUAGCAACAGUGCUCCUUUAGUUUCAUUGGGCUACUUAUCUGAUACACCUGAUAGACAGCCCAACAUCCAACUGAAGAGCACACAUGACAAGCUGACAACCCUGCUGCUAAUUGAGAGACAGCGGUUUAGGGAAACUGAUUACGGUGAGACUUGAUGCCAAACAGAAAAAUCGAUUUUGGGUUUACAUAACCUUAUGUGUGCUUACAAAGGCUGUGUACAGAAUGACAAAGGUAAUAUGCAAAGUGUAGAACCCAUAAAAACAAAUUAUAUUUUGGUUUAGGUCAGGGAUGAUAAAUUGUGAUCAGUUGUUGUGGGUAACUUUUAAAUUGCAUAUUAUUCUUUGCCUUUAUUAAAAAAAAAAACUUGUAUUAUCCACAUGCUUUUUACACUCUGAGUAAAAGCCACUCCUGAGCAAGGAAUCUUAUUUGCUGCUUGAGUGGACAUACAGUACAUGUGGAUAUGCGUAUAGUGUACCUGGUAGUUCACAGAUAGGCAGUGGCUGCAUUUCCACCAUGGCACCACAAAUAGGGAGUUGUACUUUGUAAGUACCCCCAAGAACCCUUCUUAGUGGCCCUGGGCAUUUGAGAGAGAGUCAUACAACUUAAGAGUACUGAUUAUGUUGACCAUUUCUCAAUAUAUUCCAUACUACAUCAUGGGCAGAACCCAGAAUAAGUGGUCCUUAGAAUGAGAUCAGCUAGCCACUUUCUCUUAGUCAUCCCUGGAGAAAUGUGUUCAGGCAGUUCAUUCUAAUCUCCAUUCGGGCAGGAAAGUCCUGUUUGUUUUAAGCAGAAGUAAUGAAUUUGUCCUCUGAAACAUUGAUAAUUACUAUGAAUCCCUAUGUAUCACCAGGUUCUUCUGAUUAAGCCAGGUUUUUGUCGCUGUUUUUCUUUCUACAUUUAUUUUAUUCAAAAGAAAAAUGUAGUUUUCGAUUACACAGUUACAGAAUUUGUUUUUAUACUGUCAAACUUCUUGUAUGCAGAAUCAUUUGUUCAAACAUAUUUAGCGAUGAAGACAUCUUAGCAUAAUUUACCCCAAAUCUGUAAUUAACUUUUAGACCCAUUCUAAGAAUAAAUAGGAUAUAUUUUGUACGAAUCAGGGCUUGAAAACCAAGGCAUUCUCUUCUGUUUUAUUUAUACAUGUGUCAAAACACAGUUGAUGAAUGUUCUAUAAAAAAUAACAUCUGACAAUAAAGACAAAUUCUGAGUGAUGUCGAGAUGAAUAUAACGCUUGCUUCUGUAAUCCACCAUAGAUUGCUAAUUGCAGGUAUGAUAAUCAGAGAAGUUUUCUGGCACAAUGAAGUAAACAUUAAUAUCUGUAUCUUAUUGGACAGUAAAGUAAAUCCAGGUAUUAAGAAAUAGGCCUAAGGAACAAUUUUAGUCUCUUGCUAAGGGGCCACAUAACCACUUGUUGCACUUUGUUUCAAGUAAGAUGAUUUACCAACAGGCUACACAUUUGUAAGAAUAAAAUCACAUGUAAUUCAUCCAUAA